AUGUUUGCACACCCCUCACUCUUCAAGAACCUCAUUUGCCCCAUCUUCGUAACCAUCCUCUGGGGAAUCGCAGUCUUCAUCUUUGGAUUCGCAUACCUCCUCAAACUCCAGGCUCACGCAUUGAUCAGCGUCAACUGUCCCGCAGCAGUUGCAUGGAUCGUGUGCAUCAUCUUUGUUUUGCUUGAGGUGGCUGUCCUCUCACUUCUCUUCUACCUUAUCAUUCUUCCCAUCUAUGAGGACAGCUUGUUCGACCGCACUUUGAAGCUGCGUGGGUUGCGCCACGUUUUGAAGGCAAACGAGGGCAAUGAUAUGGCAAAGUGUAUGCGGGGCGUUGGAGGAGGGUUGUGGAUUCUUCUCUUCCAGAUCUUGGUCCUUGUUCUCACUUUCCCAAUCAACCUCAUCCCAAUCCUUGGACAGGUUAUCUUUAUCGCCAUCAAUGGCUGGGUAUUAACUUUUGGCUACCGUUUCCAUUACGAUGCCGAGAUUCGCAACAUCACCGUUCUGCAAUCCCGACGCGAGGCAUGGGCAAGAAGAAGUGAAUACAGUCAGUUUGGAUCAACAGCAUUUGGCUUGCAGAUGAUCCCCCUCGCCAACCUAUUGUUUGCAUGGACUAACAUUGUCGGCUGCGCUCUUUGGGUUGCGGACGAGAUUGAGAGAGACGAGUCAUGUCUUCAAAGCGAACAGCCAUCGCAUAGCCUCAUUGGACCUGACAGCCAAACAGGCACCCCACUACCCGCCCCCUACCAGCCCGGCACCCAAUACCCACCUCAGCAGUUUCAGCAAAACCAGCAACAAUAUCCCAUGAAGCAGCAGUCCUACCCACCUCAGGGUCCACCAGCUGGAAGUCCUUAUUCUCAACAAGGGUCAGUCAGGAUACCCCCCAAGGACAAGAAGCAAACUGGCCUUGAGUAUUAA